GGCGCCAUCUGUUUCUCAGCCUCUGCGACGCCCUCGUCUCUACCUGGGUCGGUAGCCCGGUCUGCACAGCCCAGCGGGGAGGGCAUGGCCCAGCGGGUCGUAGGUCUCCCUCGGCUUUUGCAGAGCCCGGACGGUGUCCGAUCUCGGCAAAGGUGUGCAGCUGGGAGCCUGCUCGUGCGUAGACCAAGGCAGGACCCUGGCGCUUCAGCCCCCCAGUCUCCUUGAGAAUGAAGGUCAUUGCUGUUCUCGCUGUCUUCGUGUCCUGCUGGGCGGUGCCCACCCUCAGCAGCUUCUGGCAGUUUCAGAGGAUGGUCAAACACAUCACAGGCCGGAGCGCCUUCUUCUCCUAUUACGGCUAUGGCUGCUACUGCGGGCUGGGGGGCAAAGGGAUCCCUGUGGAUGACACCGACAGGUGCUGUCUGGCACAUGACUGCUGCUACGAGAAGCUGAAGGAGCUGGGCUGCCAGCCUGUGCUGAACAGCUACCACUUCCGCGUGCUCAACGGCACGGUAAUCUGUAGCUGCGCCCUUGGUCCUGGUGCCAGCUGCCUCUGUGGGCUGAAGGCCUGUGAAUGUGACAAGCGUUCCGUGUACUGCUUCAAAGAGAGCCUGCCCACCUACGAGAAAACCUUCAAGCAGGCCUUCCCUAGUCGGCCACAGUGUGGCAGGCGUAAGGUCCAGUGCUAGGGCUCAUCCUCCCAGAUUUUGGCAGCUGUUCCAGCAUUGCUGUUCAGGGAGGACUUUCCACAUCUCCACCAAGAGGCUCCGGUCCCUGCGGUUCACACUGCAGCAUCCUGGGACUGGCCUUGUGGUGCAACACCUGAC